UUUAACUAUUUAAAUCCAGUAAAUUAUUUAACUUCCAAUGUGUCAACAAGUAAUGUCUUGUUAAGGAUCAUGGCCAGUAAUUGUGGUCUGUGUGGUGUUUGUGAUAAUCGUCAGAUAACCAAACCAUCAGAAGUCUGGUGUUCUGAAUGUGACGAAGGACUAUGUACAGACUGCCAAGAACACCACAGUGUUUCCAAGGUAACGAAACACCAUGCAACAGUUUCCAUGGUCGAAUACAAGAAAUUACCGAUGGAAAUUCUCCAGGUCUGCAAAAAACAUAACGAGAAAUACGAGUUUUUCUGUAGAAAACACGAUUGUCCAUGCUGUAAGAAAUGUUUGAAAUCUCACAAAGAUUACAAAUGUUUAACUGGCAUUAACGAAGCCAUAAAAAACGUCAAAGCUUCAAAUGCAUUUUAUGAAAUCGAACAAUCCUUGCUGGAACUUGUCGAAAAUAUUAAACAAAUCAGUACUAACCGGGAUGACAAUUUAUCAUCGCUGGAAACCAAGAAAAAAGAAAUUAAAGUAGAUAUAAAACAAACCAGGACCAAGAUAAAUCAUCACCUUGAUAAACUUCAGGAGGAUUUGAUGAAAGAAUUAAUGGCGAUGGAACAAAAAGAAAGCAACAAAAUACGACAGUUGCUGACUACUUUAAGACAGAAGGAACAAGAGAUCGCAAAAUACCAAGCAAACUUUGCUUAUAUAAAACAUUAUGCAUCGGAGCUGCAAACAUUUUUGUCAAUGAAGCAUAUUCAAAAAGAUAUGGCUGUCGAAGAAACAUUUAUUCAAUCGCUUACCAAAAGUGACACCCUAAAUCAAGUCAAUAUUUCAUACCAAAUUAACAAGUCUUUACAGCAAAUCACGGCCAACGUACAGAGGUUUGGAGAUAUCAAUGUCCGUUCUGAUCCGUGUGAUUUUUCCAUUCAGAAACGGAAGGACAGACAAGCCCAGAUUAUGGUAGCUUUUCCAAACAGAAAUAUCGAUAACCUAACUUUGACGUUACAGAAACGUAUCAGAUCUGUCAAAUGUCCAAGGUUGUUCUAUGCUUCCUGAUGGAAGGAUGAUAUUCUCCUGUCAUUACCAAAACAAAAUAAAAGUAUUGAAAUCAGACGGAUUAAAAGAUUUUGAAAUCAACAAAAUUGGUUUUACGUUUGAUGUGUUGUUUAUUGGUGAUGAUUCUAUUGCUGUAACAUCUGGCGAAUCAUGUAAGAUUAAUAUAAUCGACUUAAAGAAGCACAAACUAAAGACAUCAAUAUACGUAAAGUCAGGCAAUGAUGGAGCAGUAUACAAAGCCGGACAUUUGAUUUAUUGUGCCAGGGAGAAAGGACUACAGAUGAUUAGUCUUGGUGAUGAAUCCAUUACCAAUGUUACCAGUAACGAACUUUCUAAUUAUGCGUACGUUGCAACGUCCGGGGACAAACUGUUCUACACAAACUAUGACAAUCACAGUGUAACCUGUUGUGACUACCUUGGUAACAUACUGUGGACUUUCAGUGAUACAAGUGUUCUGAUGACUCCACUCGGUAUAUCUGUAGACAGUGAUGGUAACGUGUUUGUAGUGGGAUAUAAUUCUCACAAUGUGGUCGUCAUCUCUCCUGAUGGACAACGCUACAGACAACUUUUAUCAAUUGAAGAUGGGCUGAUGACUCCAACAGUUCUGCACUAUGACACAUCUACCAAUAAAUUGUUAGUGGCAAAUUGCAAUAAAGACGCGUUGAUGUAUGUAAUUAAAUAUUUCAGUAUAAAUCUAACCUAACAAAAUAUUGCGUUGUUCUAGAUUACAGACUAAGAUUUAAAUAAAUUAUUUAUUUUGA